AUGGCCCUAAGGAGAGAAGUUUCCUCAUCAGGAAAGUCCGAUCAGAAAAGGCCACAUGAGUCUAAUAUGCGACAAAAUGCACCUCGGGUCAAGCCAAGACAGGACCCCCUCCCAACAUCUUUUACUCGUUUGAACACUUCGAGGUCCAACAUUCUGAUGGAGAUCAAGGAUUUGAAGGAACUAAAGUGGCCUCCUAGAUUGCGGUCUCCACCCGAUACUCGUGAUAAGAGUAAGUACUGUGAUUUCCAUAAGGAUCAUGGACAUACAACGGAAGAUUGUUUCACCUUAAAACGAGAGAUUGAAGCUUUUAUGAAAAGGGGAUUUUUUGGUUCUUAUGUUAGCAAUGACAAGCACCCGAGGAAUAAUCAGAACCGAGACAAGGCUCCAGAGGGUCGGGAAAACAAGCAACCAACCGCAGGUACUAUCAAUAUCAUUGUCAGAAGAAUGGCCUCGAGGAGAGAUUCUAGCAGCCGACGUAGACAGUAUGCCAGGCAGCCUCCAACCAUCUCAAAAUCAGAUCUUGGUUCUAUAGAGGACAUCACUUUCGGAGCGAGGGACUUGGAAGGCAUAUCAUUCCCUCAUGAUAAUGCUCUGGUCAUAUCGGCCAUCAUUGCCAACUUUGAAGUCAAGAGAAUUCUGAUAGACAAUGGAAGUACAGCCAAUGUACUGUCUCAUGAAGCCUUUGAUCAAAUGGGGAUCUCAACAGAACAGCUCAAGCCAAUCAAAACACCUCUCCAAGGGUUUGGAGGCGGGGUCAUCACCCCGGAAAGCAUCGUCGGGUUACCUUUAAAGUUGGGGUCAGAACGUAAGCAAGUGACACAGAUCACCACUUUUGAAGUUGUCCGUACUCCAAUGGCCUACAACGUCAUAUUGGGAAGACCACUGCUCAAUAGAAUCCGAGCUAUUGUCUCAACUUUUCACUUAGCUACGAAGUUCCCUACAAAUAAUGGAAUCAAGGUGGUUCCAGGUAGCCAAACAGUGGCCCGACAGUGUUAUGUGACUAGUGUCCGAAAAAUUAAAGGCAACGUCAUGCAAGUCUCAGAGCUUGAGCCCAAGCAUGAGAAUCAUGAAAGAUUGGCUCCAGUAGAAGGGUUGCAAGAGGUCGAGCUCGAGCCUGCUAGGAAAGUUACAAUUGCAUAG